AUGGUGAAGCCUCCGGCUAGACAGUGGUACGUGUCGCCUCUCAUCAAGAAAUAUACUCUCGCACUUCUGUUGGUGGCAGCCAUGACGGCCUGUGUCCUGGCGGGAGGCUCUGGAGGCGGUUACGGUGGCGGCUACGGAGGAGGCCGUGGAGGCUAUGGUGGUGGUUAUGGCGGUGGUCGAGGUGGCGGCUAUGGUGGUGGUUAUGGCGGCGGUUAUGGCGGCGGUCGCGGAGGUUAUGGUGGGGGCUACGGAGGCGGCUAUGGCGGAGGCUACGGAAGCGGUCGUGGAGGCGGCUAUGUUCAGAAGCAAGUCUUACGAGUCAAGAACCAUGGAGUCAUGCUUCUGCUCAAUUAA